GAUGGUAUUGUAAAACCGUCCGUUCCCUGGUGCCAAACAGUCACUGCUAUUCUUCUGCUAGAGAGAAAAUCCAAGAAGCUAAAAAUGGCGGCUGCCAUAAGAUUCAUCUUCUUCGUCUUCAUUUUCCGGACUGAAUGGGUCACCUCCGCCGACUCAAUAACGACGAUGGCGCCACUGGCUCCACAACCGCCGCCGCUUCUUCAAGAAGUCUUUUCCAAACUCGGCUUCCAAGAACUCGCCGCCGUCACCGCCGCGGCAAAUCUCUCCACGGCCGCCGAUUCAAUCACCGUCUUCGCCCCCACGGAUUCCUCGUUUCUCACGUGUCCGUUCUGCUCCCUCCCCUUGCUUCUUCUCGAGCAUUCCUUGCCGGGCCUCUACCCAUUCCGCAAAUUACGCAAUUUGGCAUUCGGAACCAAGAUUUCGACUUUAGCCCCAAAUCGCUGCCUCACCGUCACAUCCACCGCCGUCGUCUCCACCGCAUUCCCCGCCAAGAAAGUCUUCGUCAACGGCGCUGAAAUCACCAAGCCGGACCUUUUCAACGACGGCCGUCUCAUCAUUCACGGCCUGCAGGGCCUCGUUUCUCAUCUUUCACCCCUGUCCUGCGAGAUUGAGCGCCAGAGCACUCUGACAUUCUUCCCCCGCCCGGCGGCGGAGGCGGCGGCGAUCUUCGCGACGCGCCUGAUGCUGAAAGAAGCCAUGAUGCGGCUUCGCACUUCUGGGUACAGUAUUGUCGCUCUGGGUAUGCGAGUCAGGUACCCGGAGCUCACCGAGCUCAAGAAUAUGACGGUUUUCGCCGUCGACGACGCUUCCAUCUUCGCCGGCGGCGCGGGGCGGUCGUACAUGGCUGACCUAGGGUUCCACAUUGUGCCCAACAGGCUUCUGGCGGCCUCUGAUUUGAUUACUCUGCCUCCGGAGACUGUAUUGCCUACAAUGGAACGUGGACGGAGCCUGGUGGUUACCACAGCCGGAGGCGGCGGCGUUUUUAGGCCGUUGAUGAUCAACUUUGUGAAAAUCAGGAGCCUUGAUGUGGUGCAUAACAGCCGGAUUGCUGUUCAUGGGCUGUCAAUGCCCUUUCCACACGUGGAUCGUCAUCAGACGGCUUGAAGCAGCUUCACCAUUAUAGAGGUUGAAGAACACGUAAAUGUGUAUUACUGUAAAUGAUAAUGAUGAUUGGGAGGGGCUGAACUGUGAUUGUCCGUCAAUGAUGUAAUUUUGAGGAACAUUGUCUUUUUGUUUAAAUAAACACUGCAUUUUUUUUUACUGUAUAUAAAC